GAACGCCGGCUUCCGGCGGAAAAGCGCGGGAGCAAGAUGGCCACCACCAAGCGAGUGCUGUAUGUGGGUGGGCUGGCAGAGGAGGUGGAUGACAAAGUUCUUCAUGCUGCUUUUAUUCCUUUUGGAGACAUUACAGAUAUUCAGAUUCCUUUGGAUUAUGAAACAGAAAAGCAUCGAGGAUUUGCUUUUGUUGAAUUUGAAUUGGCAGAGGAUGCUGCAGCAGCUAUCGACAACAUGAAUGAAUCUGAACUCUUUGGGCGUACAAUUCGUGUCAAUUUGGCCAAACCAAUGAGAAUUAAGGAAGGCUCUUCGAGACCAGUUUGGUCAGAUGAUGACUGGUUGAAGAAGUUUUCUGGGAAGACUCUUGAAGAGAAUAAAGAAGAAGAGGGGUCAGAGCCUCCCAAAGCAGAAAUCCAGGAGGGAGAGCCCGCUGCAAAAAAGGCCCGAUCAAAUCCUCAGGUGUACAUGGACAUCAAGAUUGGGAACAAGCCGGCUGGCCGCAUUCAAAUGCUCCUACGUUCAGACAUCGUGCCCAUGACAGCAGAAAAUUUCCGCUGCCUGUGCACCCAUGAAAAAGGCUUCGGCUUCAAGGGAAGCAGCUUCCACCGCAUCAUCCCCCAAUUCAUGUGCCAGGGUGGUGAUUUCACAAACCACAACGGCACUGGGGGCAAGUCCAUCUAUGGGAAGAAGUUUGAUGAUGAAAAUUUCAUCCUCAAACACACAGGACCAGGCCUGCUUUCCAUGGCCAACUCCGGCCCCAACACCAAUGGCUCCCAGUUCUUCCUGACAUGUGACAAGACAGAUUGGCUGGAUGGCAAGCACGUGGUGUUCGGAGAGGUCACCGAAGGCCUGGAUGUCUUGCGGCAGAUUGAGGCCCAAGGCAGCAAGGAUGGGAAGCCAAAGCAGAAGGUGAUCAUUGCUGACUGUGGGGAGUAUGUGUGAGACAGUGCUUUCUCUGCUCCCCCUUCUCCACUCUUGCCCCUGCGCAUCCUGGAAGGAACCCCAGCCUCAGGGGAAGCAGCACUGAGGGUAUCCUGUUUGGAGCAAGCAUGAGACCUUCCUCGGAGUCAGCUUGGAGCAGCUCUUCUGCAGGCCCAGCCUGGCCCAUUCCCCAACAUGGCUGUGGGCCCAGGAGCCGGCACAGGUUCCACCCACCCCACUCCACCAUGGACAGACUGUGCGUGGCCACUGACUUUUCCUGGCAUUUGCUGCUGUGUCUGUCCUGGGUCCACCAUUGUGGCUACUAGACAUUUUCUUUUCUAAAAUAAAUCCUAGUUCUUGUACUGCAGGCUCCAGCUAGUUCCUGGGAGUUGUCAGAAAUAGCCUCUGGGGCUAAGCUGUCCUCCUGGGGCAGGCUGGCGAGUGGGUAGAGCAUAGCAUCUUCCCCUCAGCUUUUGUUUCCUCCCUUGGGCAGAACCCUUUAGAUGCCAGGUAAUAUAUCUUCAUACCAGAUAGCCUCAUCAGACCAUGUCAGGACAAUGGAAAUCAAAGAUAAUGGAAAAGUUCCUGUCUUCUGCUGCCUCUUCUCCCAAAGUCAGCCACUAGUCUUAUAGCCAGCAAGCGUACUUACUGAUGAGUCUCAGUGAUUCAUUUAUUUGUUCACUUUCAUUCUACAGAUUUUUUUAAACUGUUAUAACUCAGUGUCUUCUCUGUGCCCGGUACUGUGCUUAUUUGUCAGAAGAUGGGGUUAACGAACCACUUGGGCCUAGUCCAGCCCAGUCCCUGCUUUCGUGAAUAAAGUUUUAUUGGAACACAGCCA